CGUGACGUCACGCGGUCUGUGCCGUGACCCGCCUGGAUCCGCUGCAGCGAAGAGGCGACGCGCCGGAAAGCUACAGGAUAGCAGGAGACGAGCUGCCAUCAAAACACAACUUCGGGACCGCGGUCCGCGUCCCCUCUGUCCGCAGAUCGUACCGGGGGAAGGUGAUACGUGCCUGCUGAGGAGGUUUUAAGGGACGGAGGACGUGCAAACACUUGUUUUAUGCGAGCAAAGACAGCAUUUGGCCUUGACAGCUCGGCUAACGUUAGGCCGCGGUAGCGUUAGCCGCGAGCUCUUCUAUUGACGAGCAAAGCAAAACAAGGAAUGAGUGAUGACCUCUGUGGUGGUGUCAGAUGGUGGAGGGAACAUAGUGGAGUAUGUCACCGUGGUGGAGGAGCUCCAGCAGUGUGAGCAGCCGCACACUGAGGAGGAGGAGGAGGAAGAGGAAGUGGUAGAGCAGGAAAUUGAGGCAGUGAUCGUGGAGGGCGAGGAGGAGGUGGAGGAAGAUGUGGAGGAGGAGGAGGAGGAGGAGGAGGAGGGUGUGUUGCUGCAGGAGGAGGGCUGUCCCGCGGUGAUCGUGGAGGAAGUGGCCAGCGCCCAGGUGGAGGAGUGCUACUCGGCACAGGUCGUGGUCUACGACGAUGAGAUGUACCUGAUGCAGGACGUGGCCGACGAGCAGGAGGUGGUGACGGAGGUGGCUGAGACCGUGGAGAUGUCCAGUCAUGACAUGGUGUGUUUCGACAAAACCUUCGAAGCAGCCGAGGCUCUCCUCCACAUGGAGUCUCCUGGAGGACUGCACCAUGAACGCAACACAGCAGAGGACGUGAUGAUGGAGACGGUGGUGGAGGUAUCUACAGAGUGCGGCCCCAUCGAGGAGGAGUCCUUCCCCAUCCCUCCCGACUGUGAACCCGCCGUGAAGAGGAAGAGAGGAGGUGGACGCAAGCCCAAGACGAGCCAGCCGGCCUCCAACGGCUCCUUUGACCUGGGCAUCAAGAAGAGGCCGAGAGAGAGCAAAGGCAACACCACGUAUCUGUGGGAGUUCCUGCUGGAGCUGCUGCAGGACAAGAACACCUGCCCCCGGUACAUCAAGUGGAUGCAGAGGGAGAAGGGCAUCUUCAAGCUGGUCGACUCCAAGGCUGUGUCCAAGCUGUGGGGGAAGCACAAGAACAAACCCGACAUGAACUACGAGACCAUGGGCCGAGCCCUGAGGUAUUACUACCAGCGCGGCAUUCUGGCCAAAGUGGAGGGGCAGCGGCUGGCCUACCAGUUCAAAGAGAUGCCCCAGAACAUCCGGGUGAUCGACGACGACGACGGAGAGGAGGUGGAGGACAGCGAGGGCGUGGUCUCUGGCACGCUACCGACCAAGCAGCAUGCCGCCGGCCUGGGCACCCACUCUCCCACCCAGCCUCAGCCGACCUACGUCACAGUCAUCCCCGGCAACGCUGGCAGCAGGCCCCUCCGAGCCAUGCCAGUGGUCAUGACCAACUCUCUGGGUCAGAUGACCUUGAACUCCUCCUCAAUCCUCACUACAGCGACGGGGGUCCCGGUGACGUUAGGCAAUGCCUCUGCCGGUGCUCCUCCUAAACUGGUCAUCCAGGCUCUGCCCACCAUGCUGCCCGCCGGCUCCAAAGCGGGAGAGAAGAUCACGAUCAUCACCAUCCCGGCCAGCCAGCUCGCCACGUUAAUGCAGGCCAACACGUCGGGCCAGAUCCCGCAGUUCUUCCAGCCCAAGCAGGCCGGCGGCUCCCCCACCUUUCAGCUGACAGCAAGCCGGCCCACACAGCACCUCAUCCUGGCCAAGCCGGCGGCGGUGGCCCAGCAACUACCACAGCACCCUGUACGGCUAACCGUCCCGCAACUCGCCCCACCCAAAACCCCCACCCAGGUCUCCAUAGCCCCCAGCGGUCAAGCAGCACAGUCGGAGGCAGCAGCAGCAGUGGAGGCUCCACCAGCAGAAAGCACCUCUUCCUGAGUCCUGUGGGGUCUUCCGGGUGGGGUACAGGAAGUGACGGACACAUUACCCCCACCUUCUACACACACACACACACACACACACACACACACACUCACAUAGCAGAGUUGCUUGCUCAUUGGCACAGACACUAGUAGCCUGACGUUGGUCUCCAUGGAGACGCCUGCUUGUUACCACGGAGUUGCUGAAGCCCCACAAAGGAUUAAAAGGGACAAAGACCUUGAGCUCAGGAGACAUGGGCGGCCUUAGAUUGUAAAUGAAAAACUCGUUUUUGUAAUCAAACGUAAUAUAAAUGCCUGACGAGACUUGUAAACAGAAAUGUAAAAAAGCUUUUUUUGAUACUCGGCAUCAGUACAGACGUUUGAAUCCAUGUCUUUGUUUCAUUCAGUUUUUUACAGUUCAUAAAAAGGGAGAGAAAAGAUGUCUGUCCAGAGUAAAGUGCUAAAUGAUGUGCUCUACACCCGAAGGAUAAUAUACUAUUUUUUUCCUUUUACUAUCAUUGUAUUGAAGUAGAUUUUACUGAAAUAUGUAUUAUAAAAAAAAAAGAUAAAUGUGAA